AUGUCGGCCCAGGGGACUUCGGGGCCCGGCCCCCUGGAGGGGCUGCCCGACACCUUCGGCGACAUCCACAACUGGACGGAGCUGCUGCACUUCCUGAACCACACGCUGCCCGGGUGCACCCCGGAGCUCAGCGAGGACGCCAAGCGCGUGGCCCUGUUCAUCCUCUACCUGGCCAUCUUCGUGGUGGGCCUGGUGGAGAACCUGCUGGUGAUCGGCGUCAGCUGGCGCGGGGCGGGCCGGGCGGGGCCGCCGGGCCUGUACAUCCUCCACAUGGCGGCGGCCGACCUGGCGCUGGUGCUGUCCCUGCCCGUGUGGAUGCUGGAGGUCACCCUGGACUACACCUGGCUCUGGGGCAGCUUCUUCUGCCGCUUCGCCCACUACCUCUACUUCGCCAGCAUGUACAGCAGCGUCUUCUUCCUGGUGUGCCUCAGCGUGGAGCGCUACCUCGGCCUGGCCCGCGCCGCCCCCUCCGGGCCGCGCCAGCGCCGCCCCCCCCAUGGCCGGCGCCAUUGCCUGCUGCUGGGCGCCUACGUGGCGGCCUUCGCGGCGUGCUGGCUGCCGUUCCACGUGACCCAGCUGCUGCUCACCCUGGAGGGGCCGCACAUCUCCCUGCACUGCUACCUGGCGCACCUGCUCUACUUCUUCUACGACGUCAUCGACUGCUUCUCCAUGCUGCACUGCGUCAUCAACCCGGUGCUGUACAACUUCCUCAGCCGGGGCUUCCAGGGCCGGCUGCAGAGCGCGGUGGUGCACUAUCUCCCCCGGGCGCGGGCCAGGGCGGGCGCGCGCGCCUCCUCCACCUCGUCCUCCACGCAGCAUUCCAUCCUCAUCACCAAGGAGGGGGGCCCGCCCCCCGCGGCGGCCGCCCCGCUCCAGCACUCGGGCUCCGGCCUCCAGGCGCCUCCUCUCCCAGCCAGCUGA